CUGCUGGGGUCUCCAUUUUAAAGCUACAGGAAUUCACAAGAACGGCACACAUUUUGCGAUUAUUGCCUUUUCCGUAGCUAGCAAUUUCUCCUGGCUUGUUUACAUUGUCAUUAUGCCCACAACCGAUAUAUGUUUCUAUAGCAACCCAAUGAAAGUGUUAUGAAGCAAUUCGAGACGGCUGUUUAGCACAAUUCUCGUUUUCCGGUGACCUUCACGUCUUUUUCAAGCCGCUAUAUUUAUAAAACAUCCACGUUUCUUAUAUUCUAACUGCAAGCCUUGGGAAGUUAAAGCGCCAAGAGCAUUCGGGCCAAGAAUUUAGCCGGGUAGCAGAACUAGUGAUUGCGUGGUAUCAGAUUGUAUCGUGUGUAGGGGUUGACUGCCAAAAGACUAAUUUAUUCGCUCAAUGCAGGAAGCCAGUUUACUGAUGGCGGGAAACACACAAAUGGCUUUACAAUAAUAAAGAGUGGACUAGAAGGCUUAAUCGCGUAAUUUACGGAAAAACCCCGUCGAAAAUCUCGGAGAUCGCGAAAGCAAAGCCUCGCUAAACAUGAGCUCUGGUUUGAGUGGAUUCCGGUGGCGAUAAUACUUCUCGAAGGAUCUUGUUGGGGGCUACGUGAUGUACGGCGGAGUCGAGGUGUUUGGCUCGGGCGAGCCUUGGUGGACUGACUUAUCGUGAGCCGACUUGAGUACAAGUUUUGUAAAGUAGUGACAUGGGAUGUGGGACUUCCGUGGACGCUUACAAAGAAUAUGACGGCCACAAGAACUCGCUGUCCCUUUCCAAGUCGGAAAAAGCGCUUCGUUCAGCGGUGCUGAUACAGAAUUGGUUUAGGAGAUAUCGAGCGCGAUUAGAGGCGCGACGGCGGUGCACAUGGAAAAUAUUCCAGAGUAUCGAGUACUCGGGAGAGCAAGAUCAACUGAAGCUAUUCAAUUUUUUCACUGAUAUGUUAACCCAUGUCCAACCAGACAAUACUGGAGCAAGCAGGGCUAACAUCAUUGAGGACACUUUAAGUAGAAAUGGAUCUGCAAGCAGCACCUCAUCUAAGAGUAGUACCACCCUUGAGGCUGCCACUGACCCUUCCGAUAUCAAGGUUGAACCCACAUACACUGGUCAUGUGGUCAAGCUGCCAAUCACUUUGAUGUCAGUGCGCAACAUUAUUGAACAGUGUAAAUUAAACAAGCUUGUUCAUGCAAAAUAUGUCCUGCUGAUUUUGAGGGAAGCAAGAGAGCGGUUUCGGGCUCUUCCAAAUGUCAUCAGAGUCACAACAAGGAUCGCCAAGCAAAUGACCAUUUGUGGAGAUCUCCAUGGCAAGCUAGAUGACUUGUUUAUGAUCUUUCACAAGAAUGGCCUCCCCUCUCCUGAAAACCCGUACAUAUUCAAUGGUGAUCUAGUGGAUCGGGGACCCCGCUCUAUCGAGAUUUGUAUCAUACUGUUCGCAUUCACCAUCCUCUACCCAAAUGGUGUAUACAUCAACAGAGGAAACCACGAGGACCACAUUAUGAACCUACGGUAUGGCUUUGUUAAGGAGGUAAUGGACAAGUAUAAAGAUCACGCCUCGAAAAUCAUCAGACUUUUCGAAGAUAUCUUUGGCUGGUUACCUCUGGCAACUAUCGUCAACAAUAAGAUCUUUGUAGCACAUGGAGGCAUCUCAAAUAUCACAGACCUCGAUAUCAUAGAGCGGAUAGACAGGCAUAAGUACGUGUCUGUGCUAAAACCGCCCAAUAUCGUCAAGGACAACCCGAGUUUGAGCAGUUUAAAGGAAUGGAGACAGGUGCUAGACUUGCUGUGGAGCGACCCAAAACCCACACCGGGAUGUAAGCCUAACACCUUUCGCGGUGGGGGUUGUUACUUUGGUCCGGAUGUUACUUCACAAGUUCUGCGUAAGCAUAACUUCGAGCUACUGGUGCGAUCGCACGAGUGUAAAUACGAGGGAUACGAAUAUAUGCACAAUAAGAAGGUUAUCACCAUAUUCUCGGCUUCGAACUAUUACGAGCAAGGGAGCAACAGGGGUGCCUAUAUGAAGAUCGGCCCAGAUAUGACACCCUACUUUGUGCAGUACCAAGUGUCCCGGACGAAGAAGCAUUUGACGUUAAAACAAAGGGUUGGAAUCGUGGAAGAGUCCGCUAUCAGGGAACUGAAAGAAAAGCUAUACGCCAACAAAAGUGCACUGAUGGAAGCAUUCACGAAAAGAGAUGAGCAACAUACAGGUUACUUGACGUGUAGCCAAUGGGCAGCCGCUAUUGAAAGCACUUUGCAUCUUGACGUUCCAUGGAACAUGUUAAGGCAUCAGCUGGCCUACGUGGCGCCAGAUGGCAAAGUGGACUAUCGGUCAUGCCUGGAGCAGUACGCAAUUGAGGGAAAGACGAAGAAGAAUGGCCCGAGUAUUACUGAGGCGCUAUACAGAAAUCGGUCAAAUCUAGAGACGAUAUUUAGACUGAUGGACAAGGACAACUCAGGUCACGUGUCAAUGGAAGAAUUCCAAGCUUCCUGUCGCCUGCUCAAUCAACACUCGGAGACGGAAAUCCCCGAGGACUCGAUCCAGGACCUCGCACGCAGCAUAGAUAUGGACAAAGACGGCUACAUAGACUUUAACGAGUUCCUAGAGGCCUUCCGUCUCGUUGACGUAUCGAAGUCACAGAACGGACCUACGCAUACUCCACGCUCUUCGCAAAACUCGUCGGCACGUAGUUCCCCUGUCAACUCCAUACACAUUACGUCUUGACGAAGUCUGAAGCAAAACCGCAUGGGUUCGUCGUAGCAGGUUCUCCGGGGUGCAGACAUUAAAGCCUGGCAAAGCAUCCUAAUUCUAUGAAGAAUUCUAGGAUGCUAUCUCUUAGACGGUACUCUCAUGAGCCCGCGUUGCUAUUGACUUAAUUAUUGUCAGUGCUCAAAGAUAACAGAUAUAUAAGAAUAGUUUUACAUGUAUUAUUGGAAAGACAUUGAGUCUGAUCUCGGAAUCUGAGUCAGCAUAGGUCUUAUUGGACCAAAACAAAACUCUGACAGAUAUGUAGAUAUAUAAAAAAUAAUCCGACUUUUCCCUAUCCAUUUCGAUUGUGGAAUAACCUUUUAUAUUUGUUUAGAAUAAAUUAGUACUUUUAAAAGCCUCAAAGAGCAAAGGUGUUCAGGCGAGGAUCCAGGCCUAUCUACACCUGUUUACGUAAACAGGUCAAAUUGUUUAGAGUAAACAGUACGUUAAAGCCACAUUGUCACCAGUCUAUUUCCUGUCGAUUACGUAACCAUCUCCGAUGAUUUUUAACGGAAAACGCGAAAAAACAUUUCAAUAUUGUGAAAGAAGAAUGUCUAUUGAAAGUCUCUUUGAGGAUGUGAUUGAUAAUUUAGAGCGGAUGGCCCUGUUCAAUAGCGCGGAUUCUAAUAGAUUCUUUUGUAUUUUAACGGUUAGCUUCCCGUUGGCCCUCCGAAAGUAGAAUUUUUAUAUAUUGCAUGUCUUCAUUCUUUUAAUUGAGACAACAGUGCUCGGGUUUUUUUUUUUAUCGUAAACAGGUCAGAAUUUUUCGUGGAUCCUCACCUGGUAUCAUAAUUAAUUAUUUGACUCAUUGCUGGUGCGUACAUGGGAUUUGCUUAUGGUGGUUCGAAAUCAUUGGAAUCAAUUCUUACCCUUGUUCGACAAAAUACAUAGUUUCCCCUUUUAACAAAAAGCAGUCACUUUUUGUAUACAUUGAGCCCAUUUGAUAUUCAAGUGGAUUGCGACAGUGGAAGUGUAACUUAUUUUUAAGUGCUGUGACCGGCUUCAAGAUGCGAUCGCAGAAUCAUGUAUGUAACAAAGCUUAAAAUACUUAUCGUUUUGCUAUUUAGAUAUGUAUAGCUCUUGCAGGAAAGCUGGUUAGUAUUGCAUGUGCAGGGGCGGGUCCAGGAUUUCAAAACGGGGGGUGGAUAAUGGCCGGAUAGACGGUUUAUAACUGAUCAAGUGGUUUUUGGUAGGUCACUACAUAGAUCUUACAAUACUUCACGCUGAAUUGGAUUUGUCGCGUCAGCAACGUCGAGAAGACGAAGGAACAUGGACAGUACCUCCUGUCCCUCAGAAAUGCAUUCUCUUCAAACAAAGCAUCCGUCACACGACAACCGAAGAUUACCUGGCGGAAAUUUUAUGUUGCUAUUUAUAUACUAUGAAAAGUUUUUUUUUUAUACAAAGACUUUCUUAUAGCAUUUUAUUGAUGUAAAUAGUCUCCAGUAUUUCCAUUUUUCAAAAGAAAACAGCUCUUUUUGAUAAAAAUGACCUAUCCUUGGCUGAAACAUAUAUGUAGAACAAACCUAGAACUGCAGUAGAGUAUUUCCGAUAGCCGAGGCCGGAGAAUAUGACCAAAAUGUAGAAAGUUUUAUAUUCUUCAUAACGCCUAAUUGGGGCCUAAUUGAAGUUUUAUUAAGAUAGAUGUUACAUAUUAGAUAUUUGCAUGAAAUAAUAUAAAAACAGAGUAAAAAAUAGUCUCUAGCUGUAAGUAAAUACGAAGAAAUUAAUAUAUCAUGCUGAAAAAUCA